AUUUCCGACCCACCCUGUAUAGAGAGGAACAAGCCCUUUGUAAUUAGUUUUUGAUUUCUGAAAACAUCCAGGGAAAUUACUAAAGAAGUAGGUAUUACAAUAAAUUUAAAACUAUGUCUUUCAACAAUAUGAACAUCUAGAGGCUCUAAAAUCUAUUAGCUGUCAAUAAGAUUCUAUCAAUAUUAUUUAUCAACAAGUAAAGAAUAGUAAUUAAGGAAAUCCAUAAUAGAUUUUGAAAAAUGACUAAAAACAUAAAUUAUAACAAAGAUGACCGAUACAAUAGCACGAUACAAUUUGCAAAAGAUAAUUCAUAAUUUUCUAGUUAUCUGCAGACAAAGAAUCUCCGUCUUCAGCAAAAUGUUGAUCGCGCAAUGUACGUUUAGGUUUCAUUUCGCAUGCGCGCGACCACCAGUUCGACCACGUACAGACGAUAGACGUGUUACUCGCGUACAGUAUCGAGCAAAGAAAUAUAAAUACGAAAUUGUUAAUUUACUGGCAAAAUUGUCUCUACGAUCGUUACGACAGCCUUGAAUAAUAAGUUAAACCUAUGCGUUACACAUGAUGGAAACGUUUACAUUCUAAAGUUUCACAUAUUUUAUUCAUACGUCCAGUGUAUCAGUGCAUGACAACCUUCAUAUUUUUUUUCACAAUGACAAGGAAAGAAUAGAAAAAAAUAUUUGACUGAAAAUUUUCUGGAAAAGUGCUGGGAGAUGAAUGUUUAUUGGCAGAGUGUCGUUAGUGUAGCCAGCCAAAAAUGAUGUGUAUUGACGAAAGUAAUCAAGUAGUUUUAGUAGUGUUUGUGGAAAAAAGCCAAUUACUUCGAUACAAGUGUACAACGUUAUGUUCCUUGAACGAUACGCGCAGAACAAGCAGAACGACAGAAUCAAUCCCCGGUUUAUUGAUUCUGUGAGAUGAACUAAUUCGAAAAGAGGACAGGGGCUAGAGCUGUUACUACCCAACUCGUUGAGUAACCAGUUUGAAGGGUGUACGGAGACCUUUUUGACUAGUUAUACGCAUAUACACUAAUGUUGCUGACCACUCAGCAUAACUAGUAAAACUAUUGUAAGUUGUAAUCGGCUGUCAUUCAAGGAAAAUGAAAAAGAGGUUUGUCCUCGGCUUCCUGUGCACCAUCGUAAUUUUCAUCCUGAUGAUUUCCACCGAUAACGGUUUCAUUCAACACAUAUCACCGUUCGUGAUUGGUGUUUGGAACGACAUCACGUGUUACGAAGAAGAAGGCGCGCCGGAUGGCCUUCCGGAUUUUGAUCCGCAGUUAGAUAAACCAAUGACGGAUAGAAAUAUCUUCUUCCACGAGACAUCCUGCUUCGACAAAGAUGGUUUGGUGCUGAACGCUCGUCAAGCAUGUGCCGUCGAAUCCGCGGCUAAAAUGAAUCCAAGUAUGAACGUGUAUUUGCUGUUCAUCUCCCCUUCGAAGAUUUCGGAUCAAUCAAGAGAAAUGUUCAAUCAACUGCAAACCUAUUCGAACGUUCGGAUCAGGCAUAUUAAACCUGAAAAAUACAUGAGGGACACGCCUCUGCAUCUAUGGUAUAGUAGUGGCAUAUUGAAAAAAAGUUAUUGGCCAAGAAGUCAUAUGUCAGAUAUUCUCAGAUAUCUGACCCUUUGGAAAUAUGGAGGAAUAUAUUUGGAUCUGGAUGUUGUUGUCAUCGCAUCCCUCGAACGUUUAACAAAUUUUGCUGGUGCCGAAGACUGGAAAAAUGUUGCUGCCGGUGUUAUGGGAUUUGACGUUACAGAGUUGGGUCGUCGUAUGGCAGAUGCCUGCAUUCGCGAUAUGCGAGCGAACUUCCGAGGUGACGUCUGGGGUAACAAUGGUCCUGGUGUGAUCACUAGAACGUUGCAAAAACUCUGUUCAACUAAAUACGUUCGUGACAUGACAACAAGUCGGUGUCAUGGCUUUAAAGUUUUCUCUCCAUCGACCUUUUAUCCGAUCCAUUACGAGAAAUGGAAGAUAUAUUUUGAAACAAAGGACAAGAACACAACGAUGCAGAUCGUGGACAAGGCGAUGGCCAUUCACGUGUGGAAUAAAUUCAGCAAAUUCGAAAAAGUGGACGUAAAUAACGAUGUUCCAUACGUGAUCAUCGCGAGAAAACAUUGUCCAAAGAUUUUUAACAAUUGUGGAAAGAUAUUUUAAAGAAUAGAAGUGAAUCUAAACAAAAUAUCUUCUACAUUAUGUCUUGUAUGUAUGUACAUAAUUUUUUACAAUAACAAACUCUAUGCUUUGUAGUUUGUACACCACUUCUUAUCUAAAUGGCCAAUACGGGUGCUUGUACUCAUAUUUUUCUUAAAAUAUUGGUAAAAGAUGAUGCAGUUCAAUCAAGGACCGUAGUCAGAUGCAAAAUUUAUUGAAGAGCAGAUUAUUACAAUAUCAAAGACCAAAUUCAGGAAAAAAAAAAGUAAAAACAAAUAAUAUACAUGUAUACAUAUUGUAUAUCAUAUCUAUCAAAUCUAUACAUAUCCUGUAUCUAGUUACGUAUCUAUGGAUAAUAAGAGACUACAGUUUUAAUCGUAUCAAACCUUUGUUAAAAUAUCCACUAUUAAAUCAAGAAACUUUAGUAGAACGCGAGAAAUGACGUUAUUUAUGAACUAUAUAAAAAUGAUUGAGACAUUCGAUAUAAUCAUAAAAAUUCAGAUAGGUACAUAUGUAUAAUAACUAUGUAAACCUGAAAAAGUCUUUCAAUCUUUAAAAAACGCUGAUAUGUACUGUGAAACAUUCUUCCGCUGACGCGAUUAUAUAUUUUUGCAUACCCUCUUUAAGCAGCAUUAUCUCAUCUUUUAUUAACAAGCUAAGAAAAAGUUGAAGAGAAAUGAAAAUGUAUCAAAAAUCGCACUUGAAAGGAAAAUACGAGCAUACGUUAAUUGAUAACAAGGAAAUACAUAUCAGAAAUAUGUACUGCUCAAGAGCGAAUGAAUGUAAAAAUGAACAUUUCUAACAUUGAAAUAUGCGAAUUUAACGUCUAAAAAAAGAGAAUGUUUAUAUUAUAUAAAUGAAUGUUUGAUGACGUCGAAUUGACUGCCUUGUGAACACCCUGUUAAUGAACACAGUGUUUGUUCGUGUUCCUAUAUACAUAAUAUAUAUUUAUAUAAUUCAUGAAUUAUUAUUAUGCAAAUACAAAAAUCUUAUUAUGCACCCGUUUUGAAGGUUUUAUGUGUUUUGUAUGCAUUUACAACUAUUUGCAUACCCCGGUUGUAUGUUGAGAAAGAAAUAAAAAAUAUUGAACCCUUAUACAUGAAAAGAUAAUACAAACUUUUAUUAAUUCCGUGUAUAACCUCGAAAAUGAAAAAGAUAUUAUACAUAUGUCGUAUCACAUAAAUAAGUAGUUAAUUGUGCGCAAUAAUAAGAUACGUGAAAUAAAUGAUUCGAUAGUGAA